AUGUGCCCGGCGCUUAGCCCCGAGGUCCCAUGGCCACAGUGGUCGGCGGUGGUGGAGCGAAUGCGAAGCGUCUCGGACAUCUCCUCUAUCGGGAUUUCGGACUACGUCGUGCAGAAGGAUACCUGGCAACAUGUAAAGGCCUUGGUCAUUGACGAGGUGGACACGCUUGUUGGGGAGGACUCGCCGAACCCGAUGUUCGACCUGAAAGCGGAGUUGCCGGCGGACCUUCAGUGGGUCUUCGUGACUGCCACGGUGUCGGAGGCGGCGAAGAAGGAGAUCCGGAUGCUGAAGGGCCAGCUGCAGGGGGAAGCCAACGACCUCGGAGUGAGGAAAGACGGUCAAAUCGUGUGGACCCGAGGCCCCGGCCUGCAUCGCGUGCCGCAGAACUGUGAGCAUGUGCUUGUCGACUGCACGCCAAAGAGCCUCUACAACCUUCCGAACUCUGCGCGGCUGGAUGCUGUGAUGAAGGCCAAGAUCGGCGCGCUGGCCUGGCACCUCGAGAAAGGGGUACUGUGCGAGGAGAGCGACAACCGUGUCAUGAUCUUCUGCAACACCAUCAGCAACUGCUCCAGAGUCUACGAAGCGCUGGACGAACGCAACCCUGACGACGAGCGUAGCGGGGGCAAGCAGUGGAAGUUGCUGGUCCUCCACGGGCUUCGGGACAAGAAGGAGUACCAGCGGAACAUGGAUCUUUUCAGCACAGAGAAGGUCCCUGCGGCUGACUUCUUCAAGCGUCGAAUCCUUAUCUGCACGGCCUGGCGCCCGGCCGGGUGA